AAAUGAGUUCAUGAAGAUCUGCAGACAGGAAGUGAUCAUCCCUGGUCUGACGGUCAUGAGAGAUGUUUCAGUUUCCAAGUCGGAGUUUGUUCUAGAUCAGAAAACAGUUUACAAAAUACAGGAUUUCCAGCAACAUGAGAAACUCUUCAGAUAUUGUAGAUUGCCUCAGAUAUUGAAAUAUGUCGAAUGCUUCACCGGACCAAACAUCAUGGCUAUGCACGCCAUGUUGAUAAAUAAGCCUCCGGAUUCUGGAAAGAAAACCUCUCGCCAACCAAUGCACCAGGAUUUGCACUAUUUCCCAUUCCGGCCUGCAGAUCGCAUUGUUUGUGCCUGGACUGCCAUGGAGAAGAUUGAUCGCAGAAAUGGAUGCCUGGCAGUUUGGCCAGGAAGUCAUAAGGGGUCUCUGAAACAGCACAAUUAUCCUGAAUGGGAGGGUGGUGUAAACAAGAUGUACCAUGGAGUGUGUGAUUAUGAUAAAACUAUUCCAAGGGUUCAUCUUGCUGUGGAGAAAGGAGACACAGCAUUCUUCCAUCCCUUGCUAAUCCAUGGCUCUGGAAUGAACAAGACUGAAGGGUUUCGUAAGACAAUUUCUUGUCAUUAUGCAAGUUCUGACUGCCACUAUAUUGACAUGAAAGGUACAAUUCAAGAGAACAUGGAGAAAGAAGCAGUAGAAGCUGCAAGAGCAAAAUAUGGUACAGACUCACCUAUCACCUUGAUGGAUAUUUGGAUCAUGCGAAGUCGUCUUGUUAAAGGAGAGCGAAUAAAUUUAUAGAAUCUUAUCCAGAUGCCACAGACUUAAAAAUGAUGUGCUGGCUUCCUGAACUGGGUGAAACCAUGAUCCUUUGGUUGGAUGUGUUCAGAAUUUUCUUGCACUGAAUAUUUUUCAAUGACUAUGCAGUAAAACAGUUCUGAGGGAUGUUUAUAUUUGAUCAUGAUGCUUAGGUGAGGGACAUCUACUUGGAAACGUCUACUGUUCUGAGUAAACAAUAUUCUUAAGUUCAAGAAUAGUUUUA